AUGAAACAACCAAGUCAACCUAUUGGUCUUUAUAAUCCUGAUUAUGAACGUGAUGCAUGUGGUGUUGGUUUCAUUGUCACUAAGGCAAGCAAUCCAACCCAUAAUAUUUUAAAUGAUGCUAAACAAAUUUUGGUAAAUAUGACUCACCGUGGUGCGUCUCAUAAUGGUAUCGGUGAUGGUGCAGGUAUAUUAUUGUCUCUUCCACAUGACUUCAUCAAACGUGAAUUCCAGUUGCCUAAUUUAGAACAAGGAUCUUAUGCCAUUGGUAACGUCUUUUUCCAUGAUUUAUUGUACUUUAACCCAGAUCUUUGGGAUAGAUUGGCUGCUGAACAAAAUUUGAAGAUUUUACAAUGGCGUGAUGUUCCUGUUGAUUCAUCGAUAUUAAAUCCAAUCUGCUUACCAACUGCUCCUAUAAAAGUUUUGCAGCCUUUAUUUGUCUCCACUACACCACACAAGUCUGAAUCUGACUUAAGACAAAGAUUAUACAUAUUUAGAAAAAAAUUAGAAAAAAUCUUUAAUCAUGAUAACAGUAAAGUCUAUAUAUGUUCUUUAUCUGACAAAGUUAUGGUUUAUAAAGGUCAAUUGACUCCAGCACAAGUUUUCCAAUACUAUAAGUAUGAUUUGGAAGAUCCUGAUUUCAAGAUUUUCAUGGGUUUGGUCCAUUCGAGAUUCUCCACUAAUACUUUCCCAUCAUGGGAUAGAGCACAACCUUUGAGAUGGAUCGCUCAUAACGGUGAAAUUAACACAUUGCGUGGUAACAUCAAUUGGGUCAAAGCAAGAGAAGGUUCCAUGAAAACAAAGAAUCUAGGUGAUUUGAAUGAACUGUUCCCAAUUAUCCCUGAUAAAGGGUCUGAUUCUGCAUCUCUUGACAAUGUCUUGGAGCUGUUAGUCACUGAAGGAGUUUUAUCUUUACCUGAAGCAAUUAUGAUGAUGGUCCCAGAGGCUCAUAAAGAUGAUAUGAACAAAGACUUGAAAUCAUGGUAUGACUGGGCUGCCUGUUUAAUGGAACCAUGGGAUGGUCCAGCUUUGUUAAAUUUCACUGAUGGCCGAUACAUUGGUGCUAGAGUUGAUAGAAAUGGUUUAAGACCAUGUAGAUAUUAUGUUACUUCUGAUGAUAGAAUCAUAUGUGCCUCCGAAGUCGGUGUGGUUCAAGAUAUUGAUGAUAAAUUAGUUAUUUCCAAGGGUAAAUUGAAACCAGGUGAUUUAUUACUUGUGGACGCUGAAAAUUGUACUAUUAUAAAUCAAGACACAAUUACUCAUAAAAUUGCCACACGUGAAAAUUUCUCCCAGUGGUUGGAAAAUAAAACAAUCUCUUUAGAACAAUUAAUUAAAGAUAUUCCAAUUGAAACUAAUAUACCGGCUAACUGUGUCCUUGAUAAUGAGCGCCUUUUAGCUAAUGGGUUCACCUUCGAAUUGAUUGGGUUAUUAUUAGCUCCAAUGGCUUUAACUGGUAAAGAAGCUUUGGGUUCUAUGGGUAAUGAUGCUCCAUUGGCCUGCUUAAAUGAAGCACCUGUCAUGUUGUUUGAUUACUUCAAACAAUUAUUUGCCCAAGUCACCAAUCCACCAAUCGAUCCAAUUCGUGAGGCCAACGUUAUGUCUUUGGAAUGUUUUGUUGGUCCUCAAGGUAACCUACUAGAAAUGAAUGAAAACCAAUGUGAAAGAUUGAAAUUGGAAACACCAAUCUUAACCAAACAACAAUUCAAUGCGAUUGCCAAUAUUGAAAAAGUUCAUCCAUCUUGGACUGUUGGUACUAUUGAUAUAACUUUUGACAAAUCAGAAGGUUUAUCAGGUUACAAAGCUACUAUUGAAAGGAUCAUCGAAGAAGCCAACAAUUUAAUUGUCAAAUACAACAAGCAAAUCAUUAUUAUUUCUGAUAGAAAUGUUAACAAGGAUAGAGUUGCCAUUGCUUCCUUAAUUGCUGUUUCUUCUAUUCACAACCAUUUAAUUAGAAAACAAAAUCGUGCAGAAGUCGCUUUAGUCUUAGAAACUAGCGAAGCUAAAGAAGUUCAUGAUUUCUGUUUGUUGCUAGGUUAUGGGUGUGAUGCCAUCUACCCAUCUUUAGCUAUGGAAACCUUAGUUAUUUUGAACCAACAGGGUUUGUUACGUGACACUGUUAAAAAUGAAGACCAAGGUUUAGUUGCUGAUGACAAGAUCAUUUCUAACUAUAUAUAUGCUAUUGACCACGGUAUUAUGAAAGUUAUGUCGAAGAUGGGUAUUUCUACAUUAGCCUCUUAUAAAGGUGCUCAAAUCUUUGAAGCUUUAGGUUUAGAUGACGAAGUUGUUGACUUAUGUUUCACUAACACUGCUUCCAGAAUAAAAGGUGCUACUUUUGAAAUUUUAGCUCAAGAUGCCUUUACUUUACAUGAACGUGGUUUCCCAGCCGAAGAUAAUAUUUUACCAUCUAAGCCAGUUACUGUCCUUUAUAGUGGUGAGUACCACUGGAGACAUGGUGGUAUGAAGCAUGUCAAUGAUCCAUCUGCUAUUGCUAACUUACAAGAUUCUGUCAGAAACAAUAAUAAUGAAGCUUGGACUAAAUAUGUUGAGAAGGAGAUGGCUGUAAUUAGAGAAUGUACUUUGAGAGGUUUACUUGAAUUUGAUUAUGAAAACUCUACUGAAAUCCCAUUAGAUGAAGUUGAACCAUGGACCGUCAUUGCUAAAAGGUUUACCACAGGUGCUAUGUCUUAUGGUUCUAUUUCUGCAGAAGCACACACUACAUUAGCCAUCGCGAUGAAUCGUAUUGGGGCUAGAUCGAAUUGUGGUGAAGGUGGUGAAGAUGCUGAAAGAUCUGAAAUAUUACCAAAUGGUGAUACAAUGAGAUCAGCUAUUAAACAAGUUGCUUCCGGUAGAUUUGGUGUUACUUCGUACUACUUAUCUGAUGCUGAUCAAUUGCAAAUUAAGGUUGCUCAAGGUGCUAAGCCAGGUGAAGGUGGUGAGUUACCAGCACACAAGGUUUCCAAAGAAAUUGCCAAGACUAGGCACUCCACUCCAAAUGUUGGUCUAAUUUCUCCCCCACCACAUCACGAUAUUUAUUCUAUUGAAGAUUUGAAACAGUUAAUUUACGAUCUGAAGUGUGCUAACCCAGUGGCGGAAGUUUCUGUUAAAUUAGUCUCUGAAGUAGGUGUUGGUAUUAUUGCUUCUGGUGUUGCUAAGGCUAAGGCCGAUCAUAUCACCAUUUCUGGUCAUGAUGGUGGUACUGGUGCAGCUAGAUGGACUUCUAUCAAACACGCAGGUUUACCAUGGGAAUUAGGUUUGGCUGAAGCCCAACAAACUUUAGUACUUAACGAUUUAAGAGACAGAGUUGUUUUACAAACUGAUGGUCAAUUACGUACAGGUUUUGAUAUUGCAGUUGCUGUAUUACUUGGUGCAGAAUCGUUCACUUUGGCUACUAUCCCAUUGAUUGUUAUGGGUUGUGUCAUGUUAAGAAGAUGUCACACUAACACUUGUGCUGUUGGUAUUGCCACACAGGAUCCAUACUUGAGAUCUAAGUUCAAGGGUCAACCAGAACAUGUUAUUAACUUUUUUUACAACUUAAUUGAAGACUUCAGAAAGAUUAUGGCUAAACUUGGUUUCCGUACUGUGGAAGAAAUGGUUGGUCAUACAGAAAAGUUAAGAACCAGAUCAGAUUUAAAUGCAAAAACAUCUCAUAUCGAUUUAGCUGCUUUGUUGAAACCAUCUGCAUCCAUUAGACCAGGUGCCUCUAUUUUCAACACUAAAAAGAACGAUGUUAAAUUUGAAGGCCGUAUUGACAAUAUGUUGAUUGAAAAGUCUGAAGCCACUUUGGCUAACAAGACCCCAACUUCUAUUGAAGACAUCAAGAUCAUUAAUACUGAUCUGGCUGUUGGUCCUACUUUAGGUUACACAGUUUCCAAAAAGUUCGGUGAACUUGGUUUACCACAAGAUACCAUCACUGUUAAAUUCCAUGGUCAUGCUGGUCAAUCUUUCGGUGCUUUCCUACCUUCUGGUAUUACAUUCAAAUUAGAAGGUGACGCUAACGAUUAUGUUGGUAAAGGUUUGUCUGGCGGCCGUAUCAUUAUCAAACCAGAAGAAGGAUCUAAAUUAGUUAGUGAAGAAAAUGUUAUAGUUGGUAAUACCUGUUUCUAUGGUGCUACUUCUGGUACUGCCUUUAUUUCCGGUUCUGCUGGUGAAAGAUUUGCUGUCCGUAACUCUGGUGCUGAAAUUGUUAUCGAAUCUGUUGUUGGUGGUAACGCUUUUGAAUAUAUGACUGGUGGUAGGGCUAUUGUUUUAACUGAAAUGCAUUCUGUUAACGCCUUUUCUGGUGCUACUGGUGGUAUUAUAUAUUGCUAUUCUGAAAACAAAGACAAUUUCAAGAGUGUUAUCAAUAUGGAUACUAUCGAAUUAGAGACUGUUGAAGAAGAAGAUGUUUCUUACAUCAAAAAGAUGGUCCAAGAACAUUUUGAAUUAACUGGUUCCAAGAGAGCUGAAACCAUUCUUUCUAAUUUCAAUGUUAAUGUUGCUAAGUUUGUCAAGGUCAUUCCAAGUGAUUAUAAGAAGGCUUUAGCCAUCGCACAAGAAGAAGCCGCUUCUGCCAAGAAGGAAGUUCAAGAAGCUAAUGGUGUCUCCACUUCCCACAAAUCAACUGUGGAUGAACCAAAAUUACAAGAUCUUGAAGAUUACAUUCCAGAAAAGAAACCCACCAAAAAGGUGGCCAACUUCAUUAAAUACAAACGUAAGUUACCUCAAAACACCAUUCCACCUUCAGAAAGAUUAAAGCACUGGCGUGAAUUCCAAAAUGGGUUAUCUGCCAAGGACAUUAAGAUCCAAGCUUCUCGUUGUAUGGACUGUGGUACUCCAUUCUGUCAAUCUGAUUUGAAUUACGGUUGUCCAGUAUCCAACAUGAUACCACAAUUUAAUAACUUUGUUGCUAGAAAUGAAUGGGAAUUAGCUUUGAAGACUUUGCUAUCAACCAACAACUUCCCGGAAUUCACUGGUAGAGUAUGUCCUGCCCCAUGUGAGGGGUCUUGUACCUUGGGUAUUUCCGAUGAUCCAGUUGGUAUUAAGUCAAUUGAAAGGCAAAUUAUUGAGGUUGGUUAUAAGAAUGGUUGGAUGAAAGCAAACCCACCAAAGGUCAGAACUGAUAAGAAAAUUGCUAUUAUUGGUUCUGGUCCAGCAGGUUUAGCCUGUGCUGAUCAAUUGAACAAGGUAGGCCAUAAUGUUACUAUCUUUGAAAGAAAUGAUAGAUUUGGUGGUUUGUUGAUGUAUGGUAUUCCGAACAUGAAAUUAGACAAGGAUAUUGUCGAGAGAAGAUUAACCUUAUUAAAAGAAGAAGGUAUUAAAUUUGUUAAUAACACUGAAGUUGGUAAGGAUAUCUUAUUAAAAGAUUUGAAGAAAGAAUAUGAUGCUGUUGUUUUCGCUGUUGGCUCCACUAUCCCAAGAGAUUUGUCCAUCAAAGGUCGUGAAUUAAAGAACAUUGAAUUCGCUAUGAGUUUACUAGAACAAAACACAAAGGCAUUAUUAUCUAAUAAAUUGGAAACUGUCCGUAAACAAAUUGAUGGCAAGAAGGUUAUUGUUAUUGGUGGUGGUGAUACCGGUAAUGACUGUUUAGCCACUGCCACUCGUCAUGGCGCCAAAUCUGUUGUUAACUUAGAAUUGUUGCCACAACCUGUUCCAAAGAGAAAUGGUGAAAAUAAUCCAUGGCCACAAUGGCCAGUGAUCAUGAGAGUGGAUUAUGGUCACGAAGAAGUCAAAGAACGUUAUGGUAAUGACCCACGUGAAUACAGUAUCAUGUCCAAAGAGUUUGUUGGUGAUGAAGCAGGUAAUGUUACUGGUAUCAAAACUAUAAGAUUAGAAUGGAACCGCAAUGCUGAAACUAAACGUUGGGAAAUGAAGGAAAUUCCAGGCACCGAAGAAGUUCUAGAAGCAGAUUUGAUUUUAUUAUCUAUGGGUUUCACUGGUCCAGAAAUGAUUAAGAAUAAAUCGAUUGAAGUUAACCAAAGGGGUAACAUCAAGACUACAUCUUCUGACUCCUACAGAUAUAAGGAGGACGACAAGAUCUUUGUUGCUGGUGAUUGUAGAAGGGGUCAAUCUUUGAUUGUUUGGGCUAUCCAAGAAGGUAGAAGAUGUGCUAGAGCUAUUGAUGAAUUCUUAGACAAGAAGAGCUAUUUACCAGAUCUUGGUGGAUUUACUCCACGUACAUUUGAUUUACUAGAAGAAGAAGUUACUGCUACUGCUUAG